CUCAUAUUUUUUAAAAAAAAUGAUUCAGUUGCUACCCACAAAUAAUUCAUCAAAUGAAUUAUUUACCAAUAUUGAUCUAAAUCAGAAUAAUGAUUUCGCAUCGAUUUUAUUUAUACGAUCUAAUGGUAAUAAACAUUAUUUACCAGUGAAAUAUCCUAAUACAAUUUAUAAAUGGUAUGAAAAUAUAUUAAUACAUUUAGAAAAGAAUAAAUUUCUUCAAUGGACAUUAAUUACUAUAUCAGAUUAUGAAGAAUGCAUAGGUUUGAAAUUAAUUCAAUGGAAUAAUGAAUUGAUUACAUUAAUUAAGCAGAUAGCACCAAUUUUACAACAAAUUGAUUUAUCCUAUUUAAAAUUGAAUGGAAUCCCAUCAGAUUUGUUAUUACGUUUUUCUACACGUUUAUUCUCAUUAAAUCUUAGUUAUAAUCAAAUUGAAAUGAAUAUUUUCCAUGAAAUUAAAUCAGUCUAUUUAUGGUAUAAAAAACAGAAACAUAAUGAGAAUACAGUAAAACAAGAUUUAUGUUGGAUUCAAACUAUCAAUGAAAUAUACUUAGAUCAUAAUAAACUUGAAGAUCAAUUUCCUUAUGAAAUAUCUAAUUAUAUGAUUGGAUUACGAAGACUAUAUAUUCAAAACAAUGGGAUAACAAGUUUAAAAGGUUUAAAUGGUCUUACACAACUACAAGUGUUAAGAGCUGAUUUUAAUAAAAUUGCCAGUUUACAUGAUGAUUUUUUUUCAUUGAAAAAAAUUGAAUAUGUAUAUCUUUCACAUAACUAUAUUACACAACCGAUAUCUGGUACACGUUUAAAGUACUUAAACCAUCUAAAAGUGAUUGAUUUAUCAUACAAUGGUUUGUCUUUUUUACCUACUGCCAUAUUCAGUCUACCAUGUUUACAAGCAUUAAAAGUUGAUCAUAACAAUAUAUCAAAUUUGCCUACAUUAAGAUCAAAUUCUAGAAUUUCUAAAGAACCAAUACAACUGAUUGAUCUUUCACAUAAUCAAAUUAAUGCAAUAUCUGAUGGUUUAUUUAAAAUAACGAAACAGUUAGAUUUAAGUAAAAACAAAUUACGAAUGUUUCCUGCUAGUUUACUUAAAAUGAUUGCAAAUAUGGCUCAAUUAAAAAAGAUAAAACCAUCAGAAAUUAUUAAACUUGAUUUAAAUGAUAAUCCAAUUAUAUGGCCACCAUAUAAUAUUAUUGAAUGUGGCAUCGAUGCAAUGAUUCAAUAUUAUAUAGAAUCAAGAACUGAAUUACAAUCAUAUUAUGGUAUUAAAAUAAUGUUAUUAGGUGAUAUAAAUUGUGGUAAAUCUAGUUUAGCUAUGAGUAUAGUAGAUAAACAAAUACAUAUGACAGAAAGUAUAGAAGAAACCACUUAUAGUAUAGAAUCAUAUACUAUACAUUAUGAUGCCAUUGAAUUAACAUCAAAAUUAUAUACAAAUUCAAAAGAAAAUAAUAGUGAUAAUAAUAAUCACAUAAAUUCACAAACACAAACGAAUCGACCAACAACAAUCACAAUAUGGGAUUGUUCUGGUUAUCUAAAUUAUAUACCAUUAAUAUCCUAUUUUACAUCAUUAUCAACCAUUUAUAUUAUUGUAGUGGAUAUAACAAAAUUAAAUUCUACAAUCUUAAUAGAUGAUAAUAUAAAAUUAAAGAAAUCAAAUAAUUAUUUUUAUCAAUCUGUUGCUAUAUGGUUAGAUCUUCUAUUAUAUCGUUUAAAUUAUCUUAAAUUAAUCUUGAUUGUUACUAAGUGUGAUCUUAUACAAUCCACAAUAGAAUUAAAUAAUAAAAUGAAUUAUUUAUAUAAACAAACAAUUAAUUAUAUAAAAUUUAAAAAAUAUUGGUUAAAAGAACAAAUUACACAGAUUGAAUCAUCAUUACAAAUAUCGAAAUCCAUGUUACUAUAUUAUGAACAAUUAAAUUAUAUUUAUAAUAAUUUAUAUACAUUUAUUUAUCCAAUUAUUCAAUCAUUUUCAUUCAAUGGUAUCAAUGAUAAAACAAUUUUUAAUUUCAAUCAAUUAUGUUUUAUAUCAUUUGAUUUAGCGAUUAAAACUCCAACUUAUAUACCAUAUUGUUUAACACCAUUACCACAUAUAUGGUCAGAUAUUGAAUUAUAUUUAAAUGAUAUUAAACAUGAUUAUAAUAAUAAUAAUAAUAAUAUAAUAAUAAUAAUAAUGAAGUGA